AUGUUCGGCAAUCCGGCUCUCGGCUCACGGUACCUGUCACUUAACAAGAGUCAAAAGUCGAGCCUGCAACCCCAGUGUUCCGAGAGAGUCACUAGGGAUCCGAUAUCCUCCCUUUACUGUGCCCAGACCAAGUCUCAAGAGCAAAAGAAAAUGACAACCGAGUGCGAUUGGAUUGUUCUGAUUCCAGAUCACGAAGGUGCUUUGGAAAAGCGAAUGGCUGCACGGCCAGCCCAUCUUGAUGGUCUUUCUCCGAGAGUGAAAUCUGGCAAGUGGACAAUGGGCGGCGCUACUCUAGCCAAGCCUUCUGUUGAGGGGCAGCAGAAGGAGUUCAACGGAAGUUGCAUUGUUGCCCAUGCCGCUAGCAAGGAAGAGGUGCUCGAAGAGGUCAGAAAGGACAUUUACGCCACUUCAGGGGUCUGGAAUCUGGACAAGAUCAUCAUACACCCGCUUGCGACUGCAUUCCGCAAAGAGCUUGCCGGUGCAGCUUGGUAG